AUGAUCGGGGGAUCUAAGCUUCUUCCUCUAAAAAAGUUCAAGCUCCUGAGAGUUUGGGCUAUUGCUAUCCUUGCAAGCGCUUCUUUGGAGGAGCUUCCUGGUGACAGGACUUUAGCUGAGGGGGGGCACGAGGUCCCAAUUCCUGUUGUGAACCUUUCAAGCAGUUCACUCCUUUCUUCCAUUGGUUUUAGCGAUCUCCGCCAUCAGAAGUCUACUUUGGAGAUAAGGGUUAGUCUUCAUGCCAUCUCCGAGGACUCUCAGGGUAACCAAGGAGGCCAUGGAGAAGUUCCAAGAGCUCGGUCCGAUUGA